UCUCUCUCUCUCUCUCUCAUAAACCAUAUUUAUACACAGAGAAACACUAACGAAGCACUGUUCUUAUUUAUAUAUUUAUAAGUUUUGCCAUUGAAAUAGUGUAGAAGAAGAAGAAGAAGACGAAGGUUGAAGGAUGUUUUAUUCGCAGACGUUCCUGGCUCGGAAGGGCCCACUGGGAACCGUAUGGUGUGCGGCGCAUCUGCAGAGCAGGUUAAAGAAGUCCCAUUACACUUCCACCGACAUCCCCUCCACCGUUGAUCGCAUCAUGUUUCCGGAUGUUCCUAUUGCACUGAGAAUGUCAGGACACCUUCUAGUAGGUGUUGUUCGGAUAUACUCGAAGAAAGUCGACUAUCUUUACCAGGACUGUAAUGUUGUUUUGACUAGCCUAAGAAAGGCCUUUGCUUCUAUAGACUUGAAUUUGCCAGAGAAUGCAAGACAAGCACCGGUUCAAUCCAUCACUUUGCCUGACACAUUUGACCUUGAUGCUUUGGAUUUGGAUACAGACUUGUUCUGUGAGGGGGCUCAUGAUAAUCAUCUGAGGAGUGAGGAAGACAUCACACUAACAGAUCAAAUUCCUAUUGGAACAAACCCUUAUGUUGCUAUAACUUUUGACGAGGAUAUUCAGAUGUAUCUAUCACAUCCAAAAGAGGUUUUUGGUUCAGAUGCUACCCCCAUGGAUGAGGACAUCCUCCAUACACCUCCAGCUGAGGGGGCGCCUAGUCCAGGCAAUCAGACAGAUGAACAAAUAAGAUUUAGUGAUGACUUCACCCUUCCAAAUUUUCCAGAAGUUGAGGUUCCACAACAUGUUGGUUUUGAAGAUCCUGUUCCAACUAACCAGGGAGAAAGUAUUGAUUUGAGGGAUAGAGAUGGCGGUUCCCCUGAACAUGUUCAAGAAAUGGAAGUUCUGCGAGAUGCUGUUCCUGAUUUUAGCUCAGAAAUCCUUCCUCUGGUUUCCCCCAAUAACAGGGAUGAUGUAACUGAACCACACAGAUCUGUUGACCCUGAAAGGAGUGAGAAAGACAUUCUUUCUCCAAUUAUGGAGGAAACUAUACCUUCUGGUGGGCCAUCUCCAUUGUUUCAGCCAAGUUCAGGACCACCAGCAUCUGUUGCUUCUUUGCCAGAGGGUCUACAAAAUAUUGAUACACAUGUUUCAUUUGAACUUCAACCAACACCACCUCCUGAGCAGCCAAGAGCAAGACCAAGGAAGAGAAAGCAGUAUUUUGAUGAGACCCUUGUGUUGUCCAAUGAGUUUAUGAAUAAGACAAUUCAAGAUACUAGUGAUUUAUUGCGUAAAAGGAGGAAUAUUCCGUGCUCUGCUUUGGGUGUUUGGAAGUUGAACAACAGUUUAAGAAAGGAACAAAUAUUCUUCCAGCCUUCAUUAAGUGGUCUGUGUUCAGAUCUUUGUAACAUUUCCAACAAAGACUAUAUAUCCACAAAAUCCCAUUUGUUUGAGGAAGCUCUUCCUGACUCUAGGCCUACAAGAUCUCCUUCUCCCACAACUGAAGCUUUCUUAGAAGCUAGGGUUGCACAAUCUCCUCGUCCUUUUACAACUGAAAUCUCCCCAGAGCGUAAGGUUGCACGGUCUCUUCCUGUAACUGAAGCUUCCACAGAGUAUAGGGGUGCACAAUCGCCUGCUACUCAAUGCAACCCAGAAAUUGAUCAACUCAGACAUGUUGAAGAACAUGAUGGGGAAAGUAUCUUACCUGAGUUUAUACCUUCACCAAGAUUCAUGCCUUCUCCCAGGAGAGAUGACCUUACGCCUGCUCCAUCUCCAUACAUACGGUCAGCUUCAGUUCCUCCAUUGGAAACAAGCACUGGAACACAAAUACUGCAGACACCAGACCUACCAUCAUCAAUUGGAUUUCAUGAGUCUGUUUUUGAAACUCCAAGGACAAUAUUUGAGGAGCAGUUACGUCCAGAAAACACUGGUCUAUCAGAUACUCCUGACUUAAGGAAUACUGCAGAAGCUGAAGAUCUUUAUUUUCUGGAAGCAGAUAGCAGUACACCAGCUGGAUCUCAAGGGACACAAGGAGUACCAGGAUCUCAAGGGACACAUGCAGUUGAUUCAUUGUCUGUUAGAACCAGGGCUGUGGCUCAGUAUUUAAAAAGGCAAUCUCCUAUCACCUCAACCUCAGAAGACCUAUUUGGAGAUCUCAGCUUAGACAAAAUCUUAGAAGGAAAAACAAGAAAGCUAUGUGCCCGAAUGUUCUAUGAAACUCUGGUUUUGAAGAGUUUCGAUCUUGUUGAUGUAAAGCAAGAAGUACCUUAUGGUGACAUUAGUUUGAAAUUGACUCAAACCCUAUCGAAGGUGCAAAUUUAAGAUGAUCUGAGGCGUUGCCAGGUCAAAGCACGAGGAAGGGAAUGAUGCAGUGUUAGUUUGUAAACAAGUUAAGUUGCAAAGGAAUUUUUGACCUUGUAGAGAAGUCUAGUAGCCCACAUGUGUAACUAGUAGAGGUUGUGGUGUAAAUUAUUGUACUCAUAUUGUAAUAAAAGGUAUUUUCAUGCA